UGAAACGUCGUUUGAGAACGGUCCCCACUGCAUGAUGGAAAGGAGUUGACAAGCGCUCCACUGCGCAUCUGUUUUGAGCCUGGCUUAUGCGGCGGUGCGCAGAAGCAAAUUGCGGCGACGUUUCUGUUUCUUCCCGUCCAUUCCGGACCCUUAAAUUUUCUGCGUAGCGCCUACAAGCAGCUGCAUAGGCGCAGGAAAAAAACAGUGCAGCGGACGAACGGCUGUCAUUUAGGUGUUCUUGCGUGCUACUUUGCGGUCCAAAUAGGCUCUUGCUUUUGCCUCUUGCGCAGAGACUGGUUCACAGUGCCGCCUCGCUUGAAUGCGUUAGGUUCGCGGCGCGCGUGGGAUAGAAAAUAGUAAUAAUAAAACAAACCGAAAGACAAAAAACACGGUCAGGCCCCUUGCGCGCUGGCGGAAGAGGGCCCACUCAGACGUCGAGGCUGGCCGAAUGGUAUCGUGUCGAGCGAGGAGUACCUUCGUUGUCAUGGAUUUUCCUCCUAACGAGCGAAAGGGUUUCACUACAUGGAUUCUUUGCUGCUGCUGGUGGUUCCUUGUCAUCGGCGCAUCGGGAAGUCAGAAAGACAUCGACUGGCAUUACGGAGCGAAAGGAACUAAGGAGUGGGCCGAGCUUCGCAUGGGCGGGAUGAACCAGUGUGGCGGCCAGUUCCAGUCGCCCAUCAACAUCCAAACACACGAAACCAGCUACAACCACUCGCUGGGCCUGCUCCAAUACUCAGGCUACGAAAAACACCUGUGGGACGCCUUCGUUGUGAACAACGGUCACACAGUGCUGGUUGCCCCUAAGGGAGGCAGCAGCGCGACUGUGACUGCGAAGGGCCUGCCCGGAGUCUACAAGUUCAACCAGUUCCACUUCCACUGGGGAGCCGACUCUACGAUAGGCACCGAACACCAUAUCGACGGUGAAGCCCACGCCAUGGAGAUGCAUCUGGUGCACACUAACAAGAAGUACGCCACAGCUGAGGAAGCCUACAGACACCACGACGGUCUCUUGGUCAUCGGCGUGCUCUUCGAGGUCUCUCGGCACGACAACCGAGCGCUGAACAGCGUCGUCCUCUCGCUGGACCGUAUGGUAAAGCUGCGGACCAAGCGAGCGAAGCUGUCCAAGGCGGUCUCACUGGCGGACCUUCUCCCGAGCAACCCGAGACAGGCCUACUUCUACAGGGGCUCCCUCACAACGCCACCCUGCGCUGAGGCAGUCACGUGGGCGGUGCUCCGAAAACCGGGAAAAAUAAGCGAAGAACAGUUGAAGGCAUUUCGUCACCUGGAAGCCGAAAGCGAGGACGAGGAUAACCAGGAGCUCUUGGUGAACAACUUCCGGCCAACCAUGCCGCUGCACGGGCGACACGUUUACAGGAACUUUGUGAUCGUCGAAGGCAGUACUAAAGGGCCGCUAAAGGGAAAGGCUAAAUUGGAGAAAGUGAGAUAGGCUAGAUCGCUAAAUCGCCAUUUCGAAACUCCGCAUGCAUCAGCAUUCGUUUGGUGCAAAGGAUGAUUACUUAUUAGUUAAACAAAGCACAAGCUUUCCGUCUUAUGGAUCACGUCGAGACCGCUGCGCCAUAUACGUGCCAGUGGAUUGCGCGAUAUCUCGACUUGUUCGCGCUAAAUUCACUUCCUUGUAGGAAAACUCCAAAAAGAGUUGGAGGGCCAAGCUCUCGUACAUUUACGAAUGCACUUACGCAGUGUACCGACCUAGCUGAGUACAAGACUUUCGUAAUAAUUUCUUGGCUUAACACUCCCGUCACAAGGGCCAAGCUGCUACCACCGUAUCGAUGUGCGUGCCCUGAUUGUGAGUGUAGUCGUCAGCGGUGACCGCCCGGGGCCAGCUGCUUCAGUUGAUUGAUUAAUGGAUUGAUUUGGCUUAAUGCUCCAAAGCAAAACUGGGGCAUAUGAGAGACUGCAUAGUGGACGGCUCCGGAUUACUUUAGAACAUUUGGGAUUCUUUAACGUCCCUAAUAUUUAACUACGCGAACGGUUUUUUUUUCUUUUUUUCUUUUUUUUUUUCAUAUCAUCCCCAUUUAGAUGCGGCCGCUGCUGUUAGAAAUCGAUCCCGCGACCUCGCGCUGCGCAGCAGAAUGCCAUAGCCGCAGCUGCAGGUCGCUUCAUCCAUUUAGCAAUUUGACGUCAUGUAUAGAAGCCGUCGACAUACUGUAUUUGUUGUCAAGAUUUCCAAUACACAAUGAAAUAAAUAAAUAAAUAAAUAAAUAAAUAAAUAAAUAAAUAAAUAAAUAAAUAAAUAAAUAAAUAAAUAAAUAAAUAAAUAAAUAAAUAAAUAAAUAAAUGUGUCAUUAGACUUUGUAUUGAAAAAAAAUUGAGGGGGCAUUUCGCUCUGUGAAGGUGGAUGACCAGCGAAGUUGUAGCACAUCACACAGGGUUGGACAAGGGUACAAAUAUUUAUUUUCAUCAUUAGGUAAUGGUUGUGAGGAUAGCUUUAUGAUUACUAGGAUAUACACUGAUUGACUCGGUUACAACCUUAGACACAAUCUUGGUCAAAGUUAAAUCUAUGCACGACCGUUGUUGAGUGGUUGAGUGACUUGGAUUGGUGUGGCACUUCAAACCAAGCUCUUCUAGCUAAAAACUAAGUGAACCAUUGCUUGUUUGAUUUGCAAGUAUCCACAUUGAAGUCUCUAAAGAUGAUCACAGGGGUAGUGUUAUCACGGCCAAUCCAUAUUGUCCUUCGCGUAUAUGGUAAUGCGUCCUGCUCGUGCGUCCAUCGUCUAUGUAUUAUCUCCGGGAUCGGCCCACGCUCAACUAUUUUUUUAUUGUUGACGCACAGACACGAAAAAUAGAUGGAGCCAAAGCCAUAUACAGCUUCGCUGUUAUAUUCCGUUAUUAUCUUGUAAUCGCAGGGACUUUAGCGACAAAGUUCAGAAACCACGCGACCUGGCAGUCGCUAGCGAGUCAGUGGGGCGACCUGAAACCUCAGCAGAACGAGAUUGGACCAACCAAAUUUUGACCGAGCAACUGCUUGCUUCUGCCGUUCCUUUACUGCACGUGAAACUCGGGCUCUGAAAUGGUGCCUGUGUGCAGUUUAAUGUUUCGUAAACAGUUCGCGUAAGCAAAACCGUAUAUGUGUACCGCGCAGCCAAUCGCAGGAUGGUUUAGCUAUAGGCCCUGCUAUCUAUAGAACAAGGACGUGUAUUCGGGUAUCCGUGUUUCAGCUUGACCAAUACGUAUUACAAUUAUCGUAUUGCCGCGGUGUACCAAGGACACAGACAGGAGCAGAAUCGUUAUAGCGUUGGUGGCGACACCUUGGAGCACUGUGUUCAACCAAUUGGCACGGUAUAUAGUCUUAUUACAAUGAGCGAUUAUGUUCCACUUAUUCCGUUCGCGUAUACACAGCUGUUGACAAGGACUUCACGCUUCGUCACGUGCGAGAAUAUAAGUGAUAACGUAUAUUUAUAUAUGCUUCAAUAUAGUUCUUCAAAUGCAUGACUGCAGAUACAUAUAUUCGGAUUCUGUUACGCGCAGUGCCACGCGCGCGUGUGUUGCUGUCGCGCAAUUAUACAUUUUCACCUCGCCGUACGUAUACGCUCGUAACACGGUAGCACCAUGCUUACGAUAGCGGCAACAGUUAUUGUCGUUGGGAAGAAAAUAGUUCCGCUUUCUUGACACUGUUGGGCUUUUCCGUUUCGUCAAGAAAAUUCGCACAGCGCAAAGAUUUUCUCUCACUUGUUUUGGUUGAGCGCAGCAUCACGAAAUAUCGCUUCCAGUGUUGGUGUCUCCACUUACGGCAAAGAAUUUCUAUGUAGAGUCAAUUCUUUCUAUGUAGAGUCAAUUCUAGUGGAAAACGCUGCGGAAAGGCUUCAGCCUUUCCGCAGCGUUUAAGUCAAAGAUAAUGCGCACGCAUAAGCAGCUGAUCACUUAUUGGAUAUCUUGCGAGCCUCUGCGUUCCUGAGUGGAUCUCUAUAAAGCUGGAAGAGCUAAAUCUUGUUGCCUUCAAGGUCUUUCGACGAAACAUCUCUUAACGCACUAUCUCCCGAGUUAGCACAGUAGCUUCCGCUAUAGACUUUCACUUUCUAUGGUGCCUGUAGUCAGGUAUUUCUGUGUUGCAAAUGUUUCAUGCGAAAUCUCCCGGUAUAGCUAUAGCACUGCCGGAUGGCACUAGGUGACACUGAUGCCUUAAGUCCGCAAAGUGUUCUGCAGCCGCUCGUGCGAGCUGCGAUGACUUGAGAAGUUGCACACUGUAUACUUUCUUUCGUCGAUAUACUUGAACUUGUCAGCGUGUUCACUUCGUUUUUUUUUUCUCUUGUUUGUGAAAAACUGCGAUUUACGCAUUUUUGACAUUAUAGAGCGUUAUUUUGAGCUGGUUGUGUUCUUCUUAUGGGGUCAUUGUGAUAAUAUCGUGCUUUGUGUACAAAUAAA